AGGAAGAACUGGGAAAUCUUUCCACUGUCAUGUGGAGUAGCCCCUACAGAAGCCACUGGCGUGUGGGGCCAGACCUUUCGAUUUGUUACUCCAAACUACGCCUUCACCAGCCGUCGUUGCAACCGCGCAGGGUACUCAACCCAGGGAGCCACCACCUACCAGGGGCGGAAGCGACGGCGCCGCCGGAGAUGGAGACGGAGGCGGCUGCGGCGAGGCAGGCGAAGGAGUCUCUGGAGCUGGCGUUCCAGCUGUCCCAGAUCCUCGACACCGGCCUCGACCGCCACACUCUGUCGCUGCUCAUGGCGCUCUGCGACCGCGGCGCCAACCCCGAGGCCCUCGCCGCCCUCGUCCGCGAGCUCUCCUCCGCCGCUCCCCCGGCCGCCGCGGCGGCGGCCCCCUCUCCCAUGAGCAACGGCACCGCGUCGCCGGCCCCGGCAACAGCGUCGCUGUUCCCCUCCGGCCUUCGCCGUCCCUAGGGUUUGUGAUAUCCCCUUCUUCCCCGAUGAGAUUACUCACCAGGAAUCAACUAGAUCCCACCAUAUGCAUCGAGCCGUUGUGAAUGACUGAAUAUGGCAUAUCCUUCGUUUGAGUAAUUUUGCGUCCUAGCUUGUGAUCCAUGUGUACUUCCUACAGUGAGUUACUAGUUCAGACUACAAAGAUGUGCUGCGUCCUGCAUUUGGAAUUAAGAUUCAAAUCACAAUGUAUUUGGGACGCAUAAUAAUUUUCAUAUGGCAUUUCUACAAACAAAGAACAGGUAUGGUGAGCUGUGGAGGCCGUUGCUUGUUUCUGUGGAACGAGAACAAUUGUGUUAGUUUCCAUCUCCUGUUCUUUAUGCCGUCCGUUUAGCUAUACCUUGAGUAGUGGAUUGCCAUGGUUUCAUGGUGUACUAGGUGUUUUGCAGCAACUAGUAGAUUAAUCAUCUAUGUAGAAUGACAGCCCACCCAGUGUCCUAUUACCAAACGAAUUCAUGCUAUAGUAGAGUGCUCACCCACAAGUUACUCGAUCAGAAUCUAUAGAGUGCCACAACUUACUGGAUCGCCCUUGGAUAAUUGAUCAUAUGUAAAGGUGAAGAGCCGUUUGGUUGAUUAAUUUUGAUAUCAUUAUUUUUCCUGUGUUUUUUAAGCACAUGGCUGGCGCUCCGUCCAUCGAUUAAGUAGGAAGCAAGA